AAUUACUUUGGUUAUGUCCCUUGCCAAUUUUGCCUUACCGGAAGCGAAUAAUUCUAGUUCCUUUCCGACUAAAGCCGUCAUCGAAUAGGCUGACAAUGGCUCCUCCCAGAAAACAGCGUGAAAAAAAGAAGGCAGUUACAAAUGAAGUAAUUACCAAGGAAUGUACUAUUCAUAUGCACAAGAGAGUACAUGGCGUAGGAUUUAAGAAGAGGGCACCUAGAGCUAUCAAGGAGAUCCGCAAGUUUGCUGAGAAAAUGAUGGGUACCCCUGAUGUUAGAAUUGAUAUUCGUCUAAACAAGCACAUCUGGUCCCAGGGCAUUAGACAUGUUCCUCACAGGUUACGUGUUCGUCUUGCACGCAAGCGCAAUGAAGAUGAGGAUUCAACUCACAGACUGUACACCCUAGUGACACAUGUUCCUUGUGCUGAAUUUAAGGGAAAACAAACCCUUAAUGUUGAUAACGAAUAAAAAUUUUGUGGCUAGAGGAAA